CGCGUUUUUAGUUUUUAACAUUCGCAUUUUUCAUAUUAAAGGUAACCGAAACUUCUCAGUUUUCAGUCAGAUCAUUGAAGAGUCUCUCCGGCGUAAUGUCAUCGGUAACGUCGGAAUUCGCCGUCACCGGAGGAGGCAUUGGUGUUGAAUUUGAUGAAAUAGAGCUCACAUUAGGGUUACCAGGGGAGUCGCGAGAGAGGAAGUCCGGAACAAAACGACUGUUUUCAGAUGUGGUUGAUUUGAAAUUAGGUAACUGUGGAGAACAAGAGGCCAUUGAAUCCGAUUGCGAAUGCUCGGAUUUGGACUCGAGAAAACCUCCGUCGAAGGGACAAGUGGUUGGAUGGCCGCCGGUGAGAUCCCAUAAUAGGAAGAACACGGUGAUGAAGAGUAGUAAUUGCAAGUAUGUAAAGGUGGCUGUUGAUGGAGUACCUUAUUUGAGAAAAGUAGACCUGAAAUCCUACACAGGAUACCAACAGCUUCUUUGCGUUUUCGAGGACAUGUUUUCCUGCUUCGCCAUUGGCAAUCGUGCAUUGAUCAAUGAGAAUAAGAUGAUAGAUUAUUUAAACACAUCGGAUCAUGUUCCAACGUAUGAAGAUAAAGAUGGUGAUUGGAUGUUAGUCGGGGAUGUUCCAUGGAAGAUGUUUGUUGAAACAUGUAGGCGAAUAAGAUUAAGGAAAAGCUCAGACUAGUCUUGGUCUAUUUGUCCGCAAUCAUGAUUGUAAUUACGUUUGUGAUGGGUUUUUUAAUUUUUAUGUUGUAGCCUCUUUCGAACAUCUUGAAUUCUUGAUGAUUGACGACUGUUUGAUUUAGGAGAUAUAAUAUAUUUGUAGAGGAAGUUGUUUAGGAAUAGAAUAUAACUUUAUUAUAUGUAAUCACACAUGGAGUUUUUGUUUCGGAUCCAUGCAAUAAAUUUUUUGGUGGGGAGUUUU